UCCGCCUGUAAAUUGAAUGAAUGCAGAAAGGGAGGGACUUCAUCAAAGCCAUUCGUAGAAGCUUCUUCACUCUCCACAGCAACACUUCCAUUUCUCAGAUGGAUCAAUCAACGCGUUACCGUUACAGCCCAACUUUGAAAUGGAACCCUAUGGUUGAAGAAUACUUCAUCAAAGCUUACGGAGCUGAUCAUUUCUCUCGGAUUUCUACUGCUCUCACGCGCCCAUCAUGUUACUCUUGUAUCCGUGUGAAUACGCUCAAAUCAACAAGUGAUGCUGUUAUUGAGAAGCUUUUGGAAAUUUUUAAGGAAAGAGGAAUGCACGAUGUUGCAGUUCAAGAAUCUUCUACUACAUGGGAGCCAGAUAACUGUUGUAAGGCAACCUUAAAAUGCACUGGAAGUGCAGCAUCUCUUAAGGCCAUCAAAAGUAUCUCAAAGUGUCAAUUUCCUGGCUUGGAUUAUGUGGUUUUUGUUAAAGGUUCAGGACCACAUGCAAUUCAUUAUGGGGACAACGAAGGCAAACCUCUUAAGGAGGUAAUUGUGAGCCGAAAGUGUGCAGAAGCAGUUCUUCGUGGUGCCCAAGUUUAUGUGCCUGGUGUUUUGGCAUGCAGUGCUCAUGUUGAAAGAGGUGAUGCAGUUGCAGUUUCAGUUGCUGUGGAACAGUAUGGUCCAGAUGGUGGAUGGGGUGUUGCAAUGACACGCGGGACUGUUAUACAAGGAUCACAAGAAGAUCCUUAUUAUUUUGAAAGAGAUGGCUUCUACAUUGGCCAAGCAACAGCAAUGAUGUCAAGAGCUGGGAUGUUUCGUGUUACUGAAGGGGUUGCGGUGGAUAUGAAGGAAAGAGUAUACAGACUACCCUCCUUUUAUGAUUUGCUUGAGGGCGAGAUUUUUCUUCAGAACCUUCCAAGCAUAAUAACUGCACAUGCCUUAGAUCCUCAACCAGGAGAGAGAAUAUUGGACAUGUGUGCAGCUCCAGGGGGGAAAACCACAGCAAUAGCAAGCCUUAUGAAGGACAAAGGGGAGGUUGUUGCUGUUGACAGAUCUCAUAAUAAGGUGCUUGGAAUUCAGAAAUUAGCGGCUGAGAUGGGUUUAAGCUGUAUAACUACAUAUAAGCUUGAUGCACUGAAGUCUGUUUGCCAUGGAGCUGAAUCUGAUAGUUUGCCUAACACAAGCAGUGCUGAGGAUGCGCGAACAUCAGAUUUAUUAUCCACUGGUAUAGAUGGAUUUGAUGCAAAGUUGCUAUUCGAAAAGAAUUUCAAUGAUUUGCAGCUGAAGGAUGGUCAGUACCCUAGUAAAGCUGAACUACGAAAACGUAUUAGGCAACUAAAAAACGGGCCAGGAAGGAAUCACACUGCUGGUGGGAGGGUUGAAAAGUCUAAAGGGUUUUCUCCCAAUAGCUUUGAUCGUGUGCUGCUUGAUGCUCCUUGCUCUGCAUUAGGUUUAAGACCUCGUCUCUUUGCUGGAGAGGACACAAUUGAUUCCUUGAGGAGUAAUGCCAGAUAUCAGAGACGAAUGUUUGACCAAGCUGUUCAGCUUGUUCGCCCAGGUGGAGUCAUUGUCUAUUCCACAUGUACGAUAAACCCUGGUGAGAAUGAAGCAUUGGUUCGAUAUGCAUUGGACAAAUAUGAGUUUCUCUCUUUGGCAUCUCAGCAUCCAAAAAUUGGAGGACCCGGCCUUACUGGUAGUUGUCAAUUGUCUGAUGGAUUUGUUGAGGAAUGGUUAAAGCCCGGUGAAGAAAAUUUUGUUCAGAGAUUUGAUCCGUCAUCCGACCUUGAUACGAUAGGAUUUUUCAUAGCCAAGUUCAGUGUUGGACCCAAAAACAUCUGAGUUGAAUGUGACGCGAACUCUGGGGACAGGUGAUUCGGCAAUGAAAUUACAUGAACUUCGAUGAUGCAAGUUCAGGCUCCUUGUUGACAAUGACAUGCUGGAAUAUGGGUUGCAGAAUCAGUUGAUGUAACUGUGAAUGCAAGAUAGAGUAUUAAAGAUAUUUCAACCUUUGCAUAUUGGUCAUGAUUUCAUUUUAUUUUACCAUUUAUCCCUGUACUGAUUUUAUUUUUAACCGGAGUGUCAAUUUACAUAGCCUAUAUUCUAGAAGGCCAUGUAUGUAAUGUU